AUGCCGACUGUGGGCUUACAAGUCGCCGCGUUCCAACAACACCCCUUCAGGUACCCCAAGGCUGGGAAGGACGAGGACAAGCAGGACGAGAAGGGGCAGCAAGGCAGCAAGGCCACGGCCAAGGCCAAAGGGAGCAAGCCCGGAGGAAAGGGCAGGGACAAGGAGCGCGAAGAGGAAGCGAGGGAAGGGGGAGUUGGAGAAGCCUGA